AGGUGGUCCGCCAGGCCCAGUAGCCGAGUGGCGGAGGUGACGGUAACCGUCUUCCCGUUUCCGCCCGGCCGCCGGCGCGGCGGGGCGAGUGCCAGCAGAGGCGCGCGGUCCUCCCUCCGCCCGCCCGCGCCGGGGGCUGGCCCUGCCUAGCCGGCGCCUUUUUCCCCCGCACCGCGGCGCCGCUUCGCCACUUGGGCACCUCAGGUAGGGCAGGAGGCUGGAGUGCCUGCCGCCCGCCGCCCGUAAAAUGGUUACCUCGGCUGGACAGCUCGCCCUCUUCGUGCUGGGUCUUUUGUUGGCUGUGUGCCAGGCCCUGGAGAACAGUACGUCCGCUCUGAGUGACCCACCCGUGGCCGCAGCUGUGGUGUCCCAUUUUAAUGACUGCCCUGCUUCCCACAGUCAGUUCUGCUUCCAUGGAACCUGCAGGUUUUUGGUGCAGGAGGACAAGCCAGCAUGUGUCUGCCACUCUGGGUACGUCGGUGCACGCUGUGAGCACGCGGACCUCCUGGCCGUGGUGGCCGCCAGCCAGAAGAAGCAGGCCAUUACUGCCUUGGUGGUGGUCUCCAUCGUGGCGCUGACUGUCCUCAUCAUCACGUGUGUGCUGAUACACUGCUGCCAGGUCCGAAAACACUGUGAAUGGUGCCGGGCCCUCAUCUGCCGGCACGAGAAGCCCAGUGCCCUCCUGAAGGGAAGGACUGCUUGCUGCCACUCAGAAACAGUGGUCUGAAGAGCCCAGAGGAGGAGUUCUUCCAAAUGGCCUGCGGCAGCCUGAGAAAGAAAGGACUUCUUGAGGACCGCACGGUGAGGGCUGCCUGGGACGGGCCAGCAGACCUUUCCUACUCUGCCUGCCCUCGCCUGUGUGGGCUUUUUGUCUUUUGUGGGCCUUCAUUCAAAACUCUGUCCACAACUCUGUCUGCUUGGGGUUAUCCAGUGUGACCUGGAGAAGAAAUAAGUGGACCACAGUCUAAAGACUGGUCAGAAAUGAACGGAACGGGAUGGACUUCCUGUUUACCUAAUGAGCUGUGCGCGUUGGCAUCUGUGUCCAGGUGUGUGUAGGUGUGUUCUGCCAGUUGCGGAUGCCAGGCUGUGCUUUUUUUAAUGGGCCCAUCUCCCCACAACAGUCUCCAUCCUGCCUGACACUGGAGAUUCCUUUAGUUGUUACAGUUUUUUUCUUACCGCUUAUGGGAGAAGAAGGUGGAAAAAGGCAUAACUGCUUUUUGCUACGUGAAGACACCAGUGUAAGAGGAGCCAUGUCUGUCCUCUGUCCACAAAACCCGCAACCAGCCCGAUAUCUUCCACAGACACAUGAUGUUGAAGACCUUCCCGAGCUGUUGCCACCCUCAGAGAUAACUUCUUAUUUAUUAGAUGGAUGAUGGUGUUAUUUUUAAUCUCUUAAGUCAGUGUAAAAAGCGCAAAACCCUUUCAGACGUCUGCAUUAAUGAUGUAUGUAUUGCUGGCCAAAAAGUUAGACUGAUUAGAAAUGUCCGGUCUCUUUGGAAUAGCUAAAGCUUGGGAAAAACCACCAGGAUAGAUGGAGAUGGAAGCAGAGGAUGAGUUGCUGAUGGGAGCAAAGAUUGGGGUUCAGAGGUCAUGCCAUUUAAUACACAAAACUAGUAAACGCCCCAGGAUACAGUCCUGUUGAAAAGUUAGCAAACCUAGCAGUGGAGAUCUGGCAUCUUGUCAAGGCAGAGGAAGAAUGCCUGUGUGUGCCUCCACAUGGGGGAAACACAGACUACCCCGCUCUGUCAUUAAACAUGCUAACCGUCUAGUGGGCCCUCUGAGAAUCUGUUUAGAAAUAGAGCAUUAACGGAGGGCCGCGGGCAUUUGGGGCUGCAUCCGUGAAGGGGGACCAGUCACUUAUUUUCCAUGUUGCCACUCAGUUGAUGUUCUAUUUUGAAAGGGAGAAAUUGAACUUUCCUAUUUAUUUUUAAGCAUUAGGAGAAAUAUUCCAGUGACGUUUUUUUUCUUUUCCAUCCAGGAUACCUUUUUUUUUUUUUUAACAAAAACUCUAACAAGCCAUCUCCACCGUGUGGGUCUCACUUUUCCCUCAGGGAAGGAGAACUUGUUCUCCUGGGUGCUUUCCAACCCAGUGGGUCUGCCUGUGGGAAAUUCCAGUUCCCUCCAACUGCACGUGGGAGCUCAUCCCUAGGAAUUGUCACUAAAAUUUGGAAACGGGAAACAAUUGAGAUAAUAUGUAGACUCCAUAUGUGAGGGAACUCUUAUUCCCUAAUAUUUGAAAAAUGGAAGAUUUCUACCUAUUAACCCUUCAGUGCCUGUAGCGCCUCACAUCGUGAAAGGGACCUUUAAAAUAUGUCAAGUUGGCUUGAAAUUCCUACCAGGUCAUUUUGUCCUCCUCGAAUUCUUCUGCCCCAGUAUGUCUACUUCAGUGAAUUUUCUCUGUAUUUCUUACAGUUGAGACAAUUAUAUGACACGUGUCUUAACUCUGGCACUUUUAUUGAACGAUGCAGCACCCAAAGCGCCCGUAGCAGAAAUGGGGUCCGUUCGCCAGCAGUGUAACUGACCACAGCUCCCGGGUUUUAGUCAUAAAAGAAAAUACGCCUAAGUUCGCAUUCCUUAGGCUGGUCCUACAGCAGCAGAUCUGUGGGCUGAGGCUUGACCAUAGGAGACCAAUGCAGUUGACACUAGUUUGUGGACCCCAGUGUGCACUCACUUUUCUCAUCAGGCUCUACUGAAAGUCUGAUCCCGGUUCGGAGAGACUAAUGAAAGUGGAGUAGCAUCACUUGUGUUUAACUUGAGAUCACAUUUUUACUUUAGGACGAUCUUGACUCAGUCUUUUAGAGGCUAUUUGAGGUCUGGUUGCCUUUAAAGUGUAUGAACUGAUGUUGAGAAUGUCUCGUGGGGCUAUGUUCACCUACUGAGUGGAAGGAUCAGUGUCCAGUCUUCAGGUGUCCAAGAGCCUUUGCAAAGGUGAGAAUAUAAGGAUGGAAGCGGAGGGAACCUUCUUUGUUCCCUGUGGGGACCUCAUAUUUAGGGUCUGUGAAUGCUCCAGUCCAGCAAGUCACAGCUGCCGGUGCCCCAUUCCUUGUGCCUGUACAACCAUGCAGAGAAUGGGCUCAAAUGUGUGCCAUCCUAGAAGUGCCUCUCAAAACAGUCCUCUGUAAACCAGCAGGUCUGAAGGGAGUUGGAAGCAGAGGUGGGGUCAAGGCAGGCCUGGUUGGACCUUUGUCCAUGCUCCAGGCUAGGAGAACCUUGCUUCUUUAGUGAUUUCUCUCUUAGAAAUCAGAUGGCCAGCAAGCAUUGGAUUCCUAUGCCAUUAAUGGCAUUGGUACUUCUUUGGCAUUGGUUAGCUGUAAAAACGCCCCCUUUUCAGGUUAAAAAUCAUCUCCUAAUCCAUCUCCAUAGGUUCCCCAUGUUUCCUUGCUUUUUAGAAAGCCAAGUUCAUUACGAUCAGGGAAUCAUUCCCAAGAUCUGACAUGGUAAGCGGCCACACACACCUGGGGGCGGGGAACACAGCCGUUUCCAAUGUCUGGCUCAGGAGAAAUGUAAAGCCCCCAUUUAAAAAAAAAGGGAGGGGGUGCUUCCAAAUCUUUUGUGGGGCCUGGAUUUUCCCACUGCUCUACAGGCUGUGACUUCUUUAAGCAUACUGGCGGGAAACGUCUUCAGCUAAUGAAAGGAGAGACAGCGGCCAAUCCUGAUCUGGAAGACACAUCUGGAUACACAUGUAACCAAGCAAGAUAUGAGUUUGCUAUUGUGUGCCAGCAGAGAAGGGGGGCAGAAUGUCCCCAGAGUCUAUCUGCCAUGAAAGGAGGCGGCGGGAUUGACGUUCCCCCAUCCAUAUUGACGAGGGAGGAGGUGUGCUUCCAGAGCUUCUUGGGAGCCUGGUCUGUGCAGGUGGAGAAAGUGUCUGGCAUCUUCAGGUUUCCCGGGUCUGGGCUGCCUCGGGGCACAAGAACCGCUGGCUAUGGCUACUCUUCCAGGCAGGUUUGGCAGGAACAGUGCUCAGGAGACCCCAGCCCCUUAGUAGGAUCUGGGCUUUGAUUCCUGCCAACCUGCUCAGCUGAGGAAGGGGCAGGGGAUGAUUCAAACGCCCAGGACCAAGGGGGACAUCACAGAAACAAGAUGAACACAUAUGUUUGUUCUUAAUGUUCUAACAUAAGACCUGUUCUCUGGAGCUACUGAUCUUACCAGGCUUUCUAAAAGAUCUCACGGCAAACACACACAUAGUACUGAACACAACCCCUCUUCCUAGUGUAAUAAUUUACUGAAGUGUUCAACUUCUCAUUAUCUUAUUAUAACAAACCUGAUGCUUUUUUUUUUUAGAACUUGUUACUCUGACUUCUGUAUAUGUUGCACUGAAAAGGUUAAUAUUUAAUGUUUUAAUUUAUUUUGUGUGGUAAGUUAAUUUUGAUUUCUGUAAUGCAUUAAUGAGAUUAGCAGUUCUUUUCCUUAAUGUCUGAAUUGUACUUAUUUAAAGAGUAGUGAGCAAUGUAAAAUGCAGUUGUGUUUUUCAGUAAUGUGUAUUGUUGUUCAGUUGUACUGUACCUUGUUUGGAAGGAUGAAGGAAUGAACUCUUUUUUUUCCUAAA